GUUAUUGCGGAAUUAAAAUAAAACAGAUUUACGUCACAUAAAAGCCAAAUUACUUCAGGCUGGUUUACUUGUGUUUGGUUAGGGUUAGCGCUUUGUCUGAUACAGAAAAUUCUAUAUAAGUAAAUGCAUGUCGUUAACAAGCCACUGUUUCUUUAAGAGCUGUCCCGCCCUGGGUUGAAAGUUUGGCGGCGCUUCUGACAGGCAAUAAUAGUUUGUGCUAGCAGCUAACAUAGCCGGAGUGAGAGUUUACAAGUUGGAAGCCGGAAAGCUAGUGCAACGAGUUUUAGAAACUAAAGCAAUACUAUGCGAUACAGACACGAAGAACUUACCAUGCUGUAGGAAAAACGAUAACUGACACGGCCGAUGACAUCGCUCAAAACCCAUGGAAAUGAUUCCAUCGCACGCUUGCCUCAGGAGUCCUGCGCGUGCGAAAGUUGUGCCAGUCCAGACUUGCCCGUCUGUGCAUGUGGAGGCCGCCUGAACGCGCCAUGGCGCUGGAGAGAGAAAAGAAGGACAGGAGAUGCCGGAGCUUCUCCUUCACCGCGAAGCAUCCACAGCACCUUGAAGGCUGAGUGAAGCAAACUAUUGCAUCUGGUAAUAAAAGGCAUGGAUAAGGAAAGAGAGAGAAGCCUAAAAAAGGAGGGAGGAGAGGAGGAUCCGCAAGGGGAACUGGAGAGGUGCGCAGGGAAAGACGGAUCGACAGGGUUGCACCACAGCGGAGAGGAACAGUCUGACCUGGGGCGGCAGCACCAAGGGAGAGAGGGAGAGGAACAGGUCAACACAGGGAUGAAGGGGAAUGAAAGAAAGGGAAAAGAAAAAGAAAUGAAUGGACGGAAAGAGGGGAGGGUGAAGGAAGGCCAAAGACGGGACGAAGAGAGUAUGGAGGACCACGUUGCUGAAGAACCUGCAAUUCCAUCUCUCUCUGCGUCUUCGUCCCUCUGUCUCGCAGAUGCCUGGCCUUCCUCUACGUCUUCCUCCUCCUCCUCUUCCUCACACCCUGCCCGUCCCGUUCCACCCUCCUCCUCCUCUCCCUCCUCCUCUUCUCCGCCCCGUCUCUCGCCUCCCCUCCCUCCCUCAGCGGACGUCUCCGUGGUUCUGGCGGGCACCAGGCUGACGCUGGACGUGUAUCUGGGGGGGGCGGGCGUGCUCCCCGCCCUGUGGGAGCGGGCCCCGGAGCGGCUGGGGGGGGUGCAGUUCCUGCGGCUCGGCUCGGAGGACCGCGACGGCCUGGAGGGGGCGCUCACGGUCCUGCCCCGCCUUACGCAACUGCGCUCGCUGGCCAUACGAGGUCACUGCCUGCCAGAUGCUUCGGGCGACCCCCUCCCUGGCCUCCUCUCCUCCCUCCCCCCGUCCCUCUCUUCCCUGACCUCCCUCACCCACCUGGACCUCUCUUUUAACCGCCUCUCCUCCUUCCCGGCCUGCCUGCUCUCCCUGCCCCUCCUCUCCUCUCUCCUCCUCUCCCACAACCUCCUGACGUCCCUGCCCCCCUCGGUGGGCGAGCUGCGCUCCCUGACGUUCCUCUCCCUCCUGGGGAACCAGCUGCAGGCCGUGCCGCCUGGCCUGGGCCAGCUGGAGGCGCUGCGCACCCUGGACCUGUCCCAUAACCAGCUGGAGGGCGUGCCCGCCGAGCUGGGCCUGCUGGGGGGCCUGCAGAGCCUGGAGCUCUCACACAACAGGCUGAGAGAGCUGCCCGUCACGCUGGGGUCUCUCCUCUCUCUGCGGGAGCUCAGUAUCCACAGCAACGACAUCCGCUGUAUCCCCGCCUGCUUGAAAGACCUGCCCCAGCUGAUCAAACUGGACGUACGCAACAACCCCCUGGGAAGACCCCCCACCCCUCCCCCGCUUCCCCUGCCUACCUCAGGCCAAAAGGAAACCGAACUUCCAGAGUUGCACCUUGGACCCAAGCAACAUUGGUUCUCUGUGAGCGAGACCGGCUGCCACGUGUUCCUGCCCGGGGGGGCGGAGCUUCUCUUCCCCCGGGGGGCCGUGGCGACCACGCGGCGGCUGAAGUGGGCGGAGAAGAGGCCAGACAGGAAGUGGGUGCAGCUCGAGGAACACGACUUCCUCCUGAGCCGGCCGCUGGAACUCCUGCCACACGGCACGGCUUUCCUGGAGCCAGUGGAGGUGUGUGUGCCCUACCAUCGGUCUCGGAGGGGGGAGGUGGUGGUCCGCCGAUUCGACGGCCAGUCCUGGAGCACACUACCAACUGUGACCAGGAGGGGGAGCCAGAGGCACAGCGUCCGGCCAGGAGGACGUCCAGCACGGCUGGCCUGCUGCUCGGUGAGGCAGUUCUCCUGGUUUGUGGCAGUCUCUCGUCUGGUGAGGGACAGUUGCUGUGUGUCGCCAGAGGGGGCGCUGUUGGUGUCCCGUGUUGAUCCAGGAAUCAAACUGACGUUUCCCCCUUUGUCCACCCUCCAGAACCGCACAGUCGUGCUUCAGGUCCUGCAGGUGGAGGUGUCGGAGGUACAGAAGCUGACUGGAGAUCCCCAGGCCAGUGUCAGCCCUCUGCUGUGCCUCUCCCAGUCUCCCAGCAUGCCCUUCCUGCAGCCAAUCAGAGUUCAGGUCCCACUGCCCCCUGGACUCACUGGUCACACGGUAGACGUGUCGUGCCUCUACCUGCUGCACGGGGACCAGGCGGCCCAAACCUGGACCGACGUCACCCCCCAGUCCUCUCUCCAAAUCACGCACCUCUACGCCAUCUUUACUGUGACCCACUUCUCCUGGUACUGGCUGUGGUACACAACUAAGCGCAGCGUGAGCGGGGUGGUGAGGAAGGUUUAUCACAGGCUUCGGCAGUUCCGGGUGCAGUUCCUGGUCCUGCAGAGGAAGGCCGACCCGAUGCAGGUGCUGCUGCAGUGUCUGCCGACGGGCAAGGUGGACAGCGCGGUGCAGUCUCUCUCUGCCCUGUAUGAGGGACCCCAGCCCUCUGACCUGUGUGAGCUGAUGGAAGGAGAGCAGUUUUUCGCCGGGUUUGAGAGGGGCAUCGACAUCAACACAGACCGGCCCGACUGCAUUGAAGGACGUCUUUCCUUCGCCUUCUACUCCCACUUGAAGAAUCACAAAGAGGUGUACAUCUGCCCCAGCCGGGACACGCAGGAGCCCGUGAGAGGGCAGGUUUCAUUUUACAGAGGGGAGAUGCCCAGUGACAUUCCUCCGGAGGUGGCGUGCAAGAGGAAGGGCCACGACAGCAAAUGGCUGGCCACCCUGCCCCUGAGACUUCCUGGAGCCUCGUCCGACAAGGGCGAGGUGGAGGAGCUGCAGUACCCGCCCCUGAAUUUGGGUGACCCUGAAAGUGGCUACCUGACAGAGGCCAACCUCUUGGCGAUAUCUCUGCAGAUUGGACAAGAAUGGCGCUCGAUUGGCAUCAACCUGGGCAUCAGCUACCAGGAGCUGGACCGCAUUCAGUUCAAACACAGAGACAACCUGGGAGGCAUGGUCCUGGAGAUGCUCUUUCACUGGGCCAGGCGGCGCGGAGGGGCGGGGCCGGGGGCGGUGCCGGAGCUGCUGGAGGCCAUGAAGAACAGCGGGAGGCAGGACCUGGCGGAGGAGAUCGAGGACAUCGUUAUCCUGGGGAGGACGAAGUACAGGGAGUCGCUGAGGAGGGUGGGGCUGGACCCCGACCCCCCCACCGUUUCCGCGGAGUAGACCGCACCGCCACCGCCCGGUACUGAUCCGUCCUGGCCGUACGAGGCUCAGAUGGGAAUUGUGGGAAAUAGAUUGGUCAUCCCUCUGAAGGACUUGUGUGCAAGCUGGAGGAUUUACUUGGACAGGAAUCAAUGAUUAAAGCUGCUUUUAUUUCAUCCUGGGAUAUACAGCAGCUAGGACUCCCAAACUGUGGACUGGGAAUGAGAUGACACAUGAAAUUAAUAACUUAGUGUGUACACUACUUUACACUAAUACACCUGCUAAAUUCAACACCGCACCUGUUACCUGUACUCUACUAGCCAUACAGUAUACAUGUAGGGGCUUUGACAUGUUAAAAAUAUAUUUGAAUUCCCUUUGUGAGCAUAUGUAAGUAUGCAUUUAUACAAGGGUGCGGGUCACAUUAAAUGUGAUUGGUCUUUCUGUGGAUUGUGGGCUAGAUUCCGCUGGGCUAAAGGACAUUGGGACCAUUACAUGUGCGACCUUUCAGUGCGUGCCUUUAGGAAGCCGUCUGAGCAGGUGGCACCUCGCGAUCCUUUAAACAAUGCAGCGCAUUUACAUUCCACCCUCGACAUUCUGCGGAAACGCCGACGCGCAAUUCCUGCGAGGAGCUUGCCUCCACCUCAACAUCACGACCGUUAUGCUGCUGACUAAGGCAUUCCCCGAUCUCACCGAUGCUCCCCGCAUAUGUGGACUGGUCAAAUUAAGGAAAACGUGUACGCGGUUUAUGCUGUGCGACGUAUGCUGCGCGUAUGGAACACAGCUUUGUGAACUGCGAUCUCAAAUUCGACUGCCCCCGUGUGUUAGAGGUAUAUGAAGGAAGCUGUCUGCCCUCCGGGGAUCUGUAUGUGAGCCCGGACUAAAACACUGGAAAUGUGCAGCUCAUAUUUUAAAGACGUCUUGAUUUUUUUUAAUGUUGUAAUUGUUGGUUCAGAUCUUACUGUUUUCACUGGAUCAUGUAGAUUUUUUAAAUGUUCUUGUUUCACAUGGAACACAGAAUAAAGAGAUAUUUUGUGGUCGACCAAUUUUACGUA